GUUUACGACCGGCCGGAAAGUAGCGGCGGCAGCUUUCGCCAGCCGGGUGGGCAGGGCCGAGCCGAGCCACUAUGGGGAAAAUUGCGCUACAGCUCAAAGCCACGCUGGAGAAUGUCACCAACCUCCGCCCCUUGGGUGAGGACUUCCGGUGGUACCUGAAGAUGAAAUGUGGCAACUGUGGUGAGAUUUCAGAGAAGUGGCAGUAUAUUCGGCUGAUGGACAGUGUGGCACUGAAGGGAGGUCGUGGCAGUGCCUCCAUGGUCCAGAAGUGCAAGCUGUGUGCGAGGGAAAACUCCAUCGAGAUUUUGAGCAGCACCAUCAGAUCUUACAAUGCUGAAGACAAUGAGAAGUUCAAGACAAUUGUAGAGUUUGAAUGCCGAGGCCUUGAACCAGUUGAUUUCCAGCCCCAGGCUGGAUUUGCUGCUGAGGGUGUGGAAUCGGGGACAGUCUUCAGUGAUAUUAAUCUGCAGGAGAAGGAUUGGACUGACUAUGAUGAAAAGGCUCAGGAAUCUGUGGGAAUCUACGAGGUCACCCACCAGUUUGUGAAGUGCUGAACCUUCUUCCUGCACACUCGCCUCUAAGAACUGAGAAGGGACAACGUGCCCCAGGCAGCAGAGCCCGCUGAGGCGAGUCCCUCAUCCGUUGUCUCCUGGAAGUUAUCCAAGCCCUCACCGCUGCAUGCUGGGCUGUGUCACAGCUUCCCAAGUCCCACCAAUAAAAGCCCCUGUUUGUACUGCACUGGUGCACGAAGGCAGAGUCAGGUUCCCUGUGUUCCUGGCCCCGGACCUGCUCUUUCCUGCAUGUGACAGAGUAGAACUUCUCUGGCCUGCCGUCAGCCAGCAGGUCUGUACAGUCUGUCACACCCGGGGUCCAGUCCACUGCCCAGGCUGAAAGCAAAUAAGUGGAAGCAGCCUGAGAAAGCAGCCUUUCUGGGCUUUAGUCUCUUACACAACAGCCAGUGUGUGUGAAGCUCACAAAGACACAAUAAAAGGAUCUCAAGGUUUCCUUUA